CAGGAAGCUGGGUGUGCACCGCUGAGAGGGUUUGGUAGCUCCAGGAAAAGGAAAGAGAGAGCGGUGUGAUUGUCUCCCGGUGCAAUCACAACAAUCCCGGGCGACGGGGUGCUGAUCACAUCACUCGCCGCUAGGUGGAGCUGGAAGGUUCGGGCUACCGGACCGCUGUGUCACGUGACAGUGCUGGCUGGAUUAUGGUGACCGGAACCCCGCGCCGGCGGCUUCUGUGAGCAGUCUAUAAGUACACACCAUGUCUAUUCAGUACUCCGUGGAGGAGCCGCUGUCCGGCAGCUACGGGGUUGCCGACUCCUUCCCCAAGGACUUCGGCUAUGGGGCUGAUGAGUCCGAAAUGGACGAGACUUCCACGGCGUCAGACAAGCCCCGCAUCCUGCUGAUGGGUAUGAGGCGCAGCGGCAAGUCCUCCAUCCAGAAGGUGGUGUUCCACAAGAUGUCUCCUAAUGAAACCUUAUUCUUGGAAAGCACCAACAAGAUCUACAAGGAUGACAUUUCAAAUAGUUCUUUUGUCAAUUUUCAAAUCUGGGACUUUCCAGGACAAGUAGAUUUCUUUGACCCGACGUUUGACUAUGAAAUGAUAUUCAGAGGGACGGGAGCAUUAAUUUAUGUGAUUGAUGCCCAGGAUGAUUACAUGGAAGCCCUAGCACGACUCCAUGUCACAGUCACCAAGGCCUAUAAAGCAAAUCCUGACAUGAAUUUUGAAGUUUUCAUUCACAAAGUAGAUGGUUUGUCAGAUGACCAUAAGAUAGAAACCCAGAGGGAUAUUCACCAGAGAGCCAAUGAUGACCUGGCCGAUGUUGGACUGGAAAAGCUUCAUUUAAGCUUCUACCUGACAAGUAUUUAUGACCACUCAAUAUUUGAAGCGUUCAGUAAAGUUGUGCAGAAACUGAUUCCACAGUUGCCGACGCUAGAAAACCUGCUAAACAUUUUUAUAUCUAACUCUGGCAUUGAAAAGGCUUUCUUAUUUGACGUGGUCAGCAAGAUCUAUGUUGCAACCGACAGUUCUCCUGUAGACAUGCAGUCCUAUGAGCUGUGUUGUGAUAUGAUAGACGUUGUAAUAGAUGUAUCUUGUAUAUACAGUUUGCAUGCUGAGUGUAAUGGGACAGCGUAUGACAAGGAGUCCAUGGCCAUUAUCAAGCUCAACAACACGACCGUUCUCUACUUAAAAGAAGUCACAAAGUUUCUGUCGCUUGUUUGUAUUCUUAGGGAAGAAAGCUUUGAGAGGAAAGGAUUAAUAGACUACAAUUUUCACUGCUUUCGAAAAGCCAUCCAUGAGGUGUUUGAGGUGGGGGCUUCCACCCACCGGACCUUCAGCCAUCAAGCCAGCAGUCCCAAUCUCAACGCAGUGACUCACAAUGGCACACCCGCAAACGCCGUCUAGAGUAAAACCUUGUGGACGUUGCCACCAGUAGCCCAGGUGCACUGCCCGCCACAUGGAGUGUGUCAUUGGAGAGGAGGCCAGUGCAAGACAUACAGGGUACUACAGACAGAAGAAACCUUGUGGAUCUCCCUUUAAGUGUCUGAUCAUAGUGACAUGUUUGCGUUCCUGCCACGAUUCCACUUUUGCAAUGGAUCCUUUUGGUUUGGAUUGGUUUUCCUCUGGUAAAUCUCAGCAGCAGUGUAUGCAUGUAAAAAGCCGCAUGUCAUCUUACCUGUUGUUUUUUUUUUUUUUGUUUUUUUUUAAAUAAAUGCUGACUGCAUUGCAAAUCUUUUGCCAUUACUGUCAAACUUGGGAUCACAAAAAUACAUACUUUCGAGGGGUUGUUUUUGUUCACAAAAUCCAACCUCCAGACCUGAAAACAUUCCAGAAGGGGGCGCACUUGUGCUCGGAGAGAGACUGGCAUCACUCUGGGGAUGUGCACAUCCUACAUAAGAAGGACCUUUGUGCUAGGAGCAGCUCCUUUGGCUUCUUACAGACACUUGGAAAUAAUCCCUGGGAAUAGAUUUCAGUCGUUCUUCACUGUAUUGCUCUUAGUCAAGCGCACACCUCUCUACCCAGGAUCAGAUAAUCUUCAUACUCGCAGUUCUUCAGCUUAAUUCCAAAUGCCUUUUUUGGGGCUUGUGCCUGUAUCUGAAAUGUGUUUUAUUUUAUUGAUUUUGAGGUUUGUUGUGAAAUAAACUGCACAGUUAGCAGGGGGUGCCAUAUUG